AUGGCGUCCCACAAUCACACUAUGCAUCCGCAUGGAUUUCGUUAUGCAAAGAGCAGCGAGGGACAGUCUAGCGCCAUGCAAAUGUCCGAUGGUAAUGCUGUUCCACCAGGCCAAACUUGGACAUACACAUGGGAAGCACCAGAACGUUCUGGGCCCGGCCCACUUGAUCCGCUCGGGCUUGCUUGGACGUACCACUCUGACGCCGCAGGCACGCAAGAUGUCUUCAGUGGCCUGGUGGGUGCUUCCAUUAUAUAUCGUCGGGGAGAAUUGGCCAAACAUACUCUAGAUGUUCCAGCUCCUCCGGGGUCGGGUCUGAUCGAGGAGGUAUUGACGCUCUUUCUGAUCGUGGACGAGAAUGAAUCAUACUACAUCAAUGAGAACACUCUGAACAAGACCAGCAUUUCCGAAGGACAGCUUCAGGUCAAUCGAAUGGAUCCUAGCUUUCAAGAAAGCAACUUGAAACACACGAUUAAUGGUCUCGUGUUCGGGAACCUCAUGGGCAUCAACCUUACGGUUGGUACACGGGCAGCCUGGCACGUCGAGGCCCUUGGUAAUGUUGUGAAUAUGCAUACGCCUCAUUGGCAUGGUAACACACUUGCGUGGGCACAGCAACAAGCAGGCUUUCUAUCCAUAUUCCAUACUCCAUAUGGAGCUCUAUGA